AUGAAUCAUGCAUAUUAUGUACCAUCCAAUUAAAUCACUUGCCACAUUUAAUCCUAAGGAUCCUCAAAUAGAAAUCCUGAUCAUAUUACUGAUUAGUAUUAAUUUAUAUCAUCCUUAGAUUAAAAUUACUUAAAUCCAAAAAAAAUGUUAAUCAAUCUCUACAUAAUAAAAAAGAUUCCUAGAUUCACUAACACAAAUUCUAAAGUUAGAAAAACAUCACUACAACUAAAUUACAUUCCUCAAGAAGAUAAAAAUCAUAAGAUGUUGAAACAAUAUAGUAAUCAAUUAAUUAAGCUAUUAAAUAACAACCCUCAAAAUCUAAACUUAUUAAUGGCUACUUAGUCAAGUAACAAUUAAAUUCAAAUUCUUAUCAAUCUCCAAAAUUAUCAUAAAAUUUUGACUACCAAAGCUUUAACAAAGAUAAAACUGUUAUCAAGACUGAACCUGAUAUUUAAAUUUGUAAUGAAAGAAUCACUUCUUAUAAAACUCCUAUCCUCAUCUCUAAAUAAAUUUAAUCUAAAGAAUAGAUUAAAUCUAUUUGCAAAAAAAUUUAUCCAACUAAAUUAUUUGAUGAAACCACCAAUAAUAAAUAAGACAAUAUAAAUAUUUACCAAAAUAAGAAUUACAAAAUCAAUACAGAUGUUUCAGAUAAAAUACUUGAUUUGCUUUUACUCUCUACAAGAGAACUUAAAAUUAGACUUUCAGAUAAAAAUACAAAAUAAUCAUCUAUUCCAAAAACUUCAAAAACUGGAUUGCCAGUAGACUUUUUUAAUUUUAAAAAAUGA